UAAGAUUUUCAGUUUGCUCUCUCAUUCUCUCACUAGACUUUCUUUUUUUUUUUCUCUCUCUGGUAAGGCUCUAAUAAAGUAGGAUGUUCCCCAGAGCGGUGUUAGGCUACAAUAAUGCAUUUUGUGUUGUGUUGUUGAGUUAGAGAGAGAAAGAAAGUAUCUUUCUUUGUAGAGUCAGCAACAGCACGCUUUGCUUCCUCAGCUGAACAACCUAACAUUUUUAAGAGGUCUCUCUACUGGGUUGCGUGCGAGUUCCUCUAAAUUCUCCGUUUCCUGUUUUUGGUUUUUUGGGUGAGAGCGAUAAAAGGAAUCUCUCUCUUUCUCAGGUUUUUUUUAUCUUCCUCUUAUAUUUCAUUUCAUUUCUCUGGCUUUUUUCUUUUCCUUACUACAACUGAAUCAGCUCUUGUUUCUUGUCUCCUCUCCCAUUUCCUCUACAUGUCAAAAGUAAAUAGAACCCACUAAGCGUGCCAAUACAACAAUACAAAAGUCGCUAUUAUAUGUCUCUUUUCUUUGCCUUUGCCCUUUGAGUUGUUACAACACUUAUUAUUAAUAUCCUGUUUUCUUUUUCCCUCCUGGUGGGGCUGUUGCCAUUAUUUCCCUCUUCUGGGUCUACUGCGUUUAAGGAUUCUUAUGUGUUGAGGCUUUAAAAGCUGGGUCUUUCGUUGGCAGCGGAUACAUUUAAGGUCCUUUAGUUGUUUUUUCUUUUUAUAUGGGUUUGAAUCAUUUGAGGAUGCGGGUUUUCAAGUUCUUGAGUGCUGGUUAAAGAACUCAUUGCAAAAAAGUGAGAUUUUCUUGCAUUCUUGCUUCUUUCUGGUGUUAAAAGUCAAAGAACAAACCUAAGAAAGUGAUAUUUUAUCUGUUCAAUGGAGGGUGGUUCAAAGAAUGGCGAGGCAUGUCCUCAGUUACUGGAUUUGAUUCCAAGAGAAAGAGAAUGGCUUGUUAAAAGAGCUGAUGAAAGAUCUACAGAGGAGAAGAAGCUUGAACUAAGGCUUGGUCCACCUGGUGAAGAAUGGUCUCUUGGAAAGACAGCUAAAAACUCAGAUGAUAGAGUAAGGGACGAGUUUCUUCUCUCUCUCGGAAACCAACAAACCCAUAAGUUCUCUUCACCUGAGAACACUCGAGCAGGUUCUGUGUGGUUUAAUCAACAACUAUCUCAGCAGGCGAAGGCUGCUACUCCAUUUCUCCAGUUUCCACCAAAAACAGUAACAACAACCCAACAGAGCCUGCCUGUUACGGGAAAGGAAUCCUCACUGCCCUGUUGCACUAAAGUGGUAGUAGACUUGCAGCAGAGUGCAGAAAAGAAGGGGUUUUCACAGCCAACUCCUGCAAAUACAGCUGUGCCCAACAGCUCUCAGAAAAGAACUGCUCCUGGUCCUGUAGUGGGUUGGCCUCCAAUCCGAUCAUUCAGGAAGAAUCUUGCAAGCAGCAGCUCUUCAAAACCAUCUAUUGACACACAAAAUGAAAGCCCAAACAAGAAGGUUGCUGGUGAAAAACCAAUGGAAAAUUGCAAGAAAGGGAUGUUUGUGAAGAUCAAUAUGGAUGGUGUUCCUAUUGGAAGGAAAGUAGAUCUUAAAGCCUAUGACAGCUAUGAGAAGCUUUCUACUGCUGUUGAUGAACUAUUCAGAGGCCUACUUGCAGCUCAAAGAGAUUCCUCUGCUGGUGGAAUCAUGAGCAAGCAAGAGGAAGAGAAAGCAAUUACGGGUGUAUUAGAUGGGAGUGGGGAAUAUACGCUUGUUUAUGAGGAUAAUGAAGGAGACAGGAUGCUUGUUGGGGAUGUCCCAUGGCACAUGUUUGUGUCAACUGUGAAGAGGCUUCGCGUAUUGAAGAGCUCUGAAGUUUCUGCAUUAAGCCUUGGAAGCAGUAAGCAAGGCAAGGUACAAAUGAGAUGAGAGAGAUGAAUUUUGCUGUGAAUAUUCUCUUUUGAAGCUUGAAGGAGAAUACUUGGAUUGAUGCCUUAGUUAACAUUUUGUCCCUUGGAACUCCGCAACUCACAGUAUAUAUAUAUAUAUAUAUAUGUCUAUGUCUAGCUUUAUAUGUUUUUUUCCCCUAUUUUGAAGUUUAACCCCUUUGUUUAACUUACUAUGCAAUGUGGAAUGGUGCUUAGAGACUCUGUUUUGAGCUUAAUGUACAAGUUAAGUAUGUCUAGUUUUAUUAAUUCACCAAGUUUUUAACUAUUGAGCCAAAGCUGUUUCAGUAGAAA